UUGAGCUCUUUUCUUCACAAGACUCUUUUUCGUCUGUCCAACGAAUUAAUGUUCUAAUACUGACAAGCUCCUAUCUUAUAAUCUCUGAAACUAACAUAGAGAAAUGUAAACUUUCCCAUCUCAUCUCUUAAUGCAUUUUUAACAUAUUUUGUAAAGCAUUUCACCUUGUUGUCAGAUACCAUCCGAAACUGAGUGCAUUCUGUUUUAAUUAUCACAACACACCAAAGAGUGUUCUGUUUCCUUUUCUCAUUUGUUGGAUUCAUUGGUGUUUUGUUUCCAUUCCUCCAGCAUCGCCGUGGUCGUAGCAUGUCGGUUUGUGUGCCUCAUCUUUCUGCCAUCCCUGUCCUGUCUUGUCCAUUCAAGCGACCCUCUACUCCACCUCCUGCACCUUCCUCUGUUCCCCUUUCACCAUGCCUCAGAAGUACAUCUGAAGAAACCUUUGCUGGAAGGCUUUCUAAAGCACUGGAAUGUGUCCUACCCAUACGCUCAGCCCUUCCACGCCAGCAGCGGAGAGCCAGUCUCCCAGCACUCCUUGCCAGCCCUCCACAGACUACGAUGCACCCAUACAGGGGAGCCCCUGCAUUCUCAGAUACCCAGGUCAUUUUUCCGGACAGGCCUAUCUCCUUCUCUCCGCCUCCUGCUUGUCCUCCCAAAAUGGCUAUUAACCAGAGGCGGAAAAGCACAUCCUUCUUAGAAGCUCACAACAGACAGUUCCAACCAGCUUCCUGGAAUCUUGGCUACUCUCUUCAUUCAUUUGGUGGUGAAAAUGCAAAAAGAACUUCAGAAUCUCUGCUUGUUAUGCCUGGAAUAGGUCCACAUUGGUCUGUAACAGAACCUGUUCACAUACAAAACAAUGUAUCACCGGAUAACCUGAAUAAAAUGCAAAGAACAGAUCGUGUAAUUCAUGAUGACACUAUGCAGAGAUGUACUCAUUCUGCCAUGAUGACGAGAGGUAUUCAGGCAGUUCCGGAUAACUAUGGCAUAAAUCUGACAGUUCAUCCAUUACAGCAAAUUAGUCUUAACCAGCAAGUGCAUCCUUCUGGAGGCCUUAAUUGUGACUUUCCUCAGUUCGACCAAACUUUUCAUCCACCUAAGGUACAGAGUUUUCAGUUGGGUCACAGCACUGUAACUCCUUUUCUGCCCGUUUCUCUGUGUUCUGGAUCUACAAAUCCUACUUCCACAGAUGGAAACCUUUGGUAUCAACACAUUUCCUUCCCACAUUCCGCACCGCCUGUAUUGACAUCCACAGAUGACAACAUAAGCAGUGGAGGUAGCUCUGUUUUUGAAUUCCAUGUUCACAACAUGCCAAUGGAAAAUACUGGCUUUACAUCUCCCCAAAGAAUGUACAGAUGUCGACGAAGCUCCAUGGAUUUCAGUUUAGAGGAUUCUUCCCAGUCUGCGCAAAGCAAUGGGCAUUGUAGCCGACUGCAGCCUGUUACCGAGGAGCAAUAUAACUACACAAGUCCAGAGCUUCCUUUACCACCAGGAAAUCUAUUGCUGCAUGGUAUCAUAGAUCACAGUCCAGAACUUUCCAGUGACUCAUCACAGUUUACCUCCUCGGACACAGGAGAGUUUAUGUCCCCACCACCUCAUGGAGUUUUUUCUGGAAGUCUUGGAGAUGUGUCAUUUGCUCAACCAGUGCCUCAUAGUUAUUUCGGUGUAGGCCACCAAAACUUUACUACUUCACAUUCUAGUCAGUCAUCUAUGUUACUUCUACAUUCUGCUGAUUCAGGUGGACUAAUGUCUCAGCGUCAUGUCUUGGAAGGUCCCUGGGCUCCAAAUUCAUCCUUAAAUCAAGCUGUUGCAAAGGAUAAUAGAUUCACUGAAUCUCCCAUGGCUCAUUGCUUUUCUUUGGUACUUAAAAAGUUUUAAAAAUAUCUUUCAGUUCUGCCUUUCAGUUUGUCUUUAAGUUUUAGACCUUUCUAUCUGAGUAAUGUUUGACAAAUUAUUCUCAAAACUUCUUUUAAAGAAUUAAUGCAUUUGUUUCUUUAACAUACUGUAGAGAAGUGUGAAAUAUGCCCUCAUUUCAUAAAAAAACUAUUCUCUACUAAGUGAAAAAGUAGUUUUUUUAA